GAGGGAUAAGCAUAUUACACAAUUGCUAUCGGAAGAUUUCCUUUAUGUAACUGUCUCAUGACACCCCACCGCAGACCGUUCAUCCAGGAGAGACGGUGACAGACGGGCUCUUCUGCAAGUCUCUAAAUAAAAGAGGAGAGAGAGAGAGAGGUGGAGACCCCAGUCACUGCUGCGCCUCGGCUCCUCCAGACUGUGGAUGUAGCGGAGCAAGGUGGACUUGGAGCGUUUUUUACGCACGGACUUUGCAGGAAAUACCGCUUCCCAUUCAUUUCAGUCUGGGUUCAUCCUAUAAAAUAAGCCGUCUUACUUUAAGUUUAACUUGACGGCUUUUGUGCAGCUGGUGGAUAUUAUUCAGAGUUUAAAAAAAUAGUCAAAUUAGUGAGGAAAUAUGUUACUCAAGAGGAGUUUUCUGUUCUUGUUGCUCUCAUUCACAUUCCAUCAGGUAACACCCCAAGAUGGCGAGCAGGAAGAUGAAACAUCAUUUGAUAUGUUCGAAAUCAGCCACAUCACCCGCAAGACUCUGGGGGCCAAACAGUUCCGGGGCCAAUACUCCGAUCUCCCUGCCUACCGUUUCAUCCGCUUCGACCACCUGCCCCCAGUCAGUCCUCCGAUAUUAAAACAAAUACUACAACAGAUCCAAAACAACGAGGGCUUUGUGUUCAUCGCCAGCAUCCGCCAGGAUCGCGCCUCAAGGGGCACCUUGAUUGGCCUGGAGGGCCCUGACGGCAGGCGUCAGUUUGAGAUUGUCUCCAAUGGACGUGCCAACACCCUGGACCUGGUGUACUGGGUGGAUCGCUCGCAGAAUGUGGUCUCAUUUGAGGAUGUGGACCUGGCUGACUCGCAGUGGAAGAACAUCACACUUCACAUUCAUGGGGAGAAUGCAAACCUGUUUGUGGGUUGCAGCCUGAUUGACAGCUUUAUCCUGGAUGAGCCAUUCUAUGAACGUCUGCAGGCAGAGGGGAGUCGAAUGUAUGUGGCAAAGGGAUCAAUUCGGGAGAACCACUUUAGGGGUCUCCUUCAGAACGUGCGCUUCAUCUUUGAUACAUCAGUGGAAGACAUCCUGCUGAGCAGAGACUGUGAAGUCACAAGACUAGAUGAUGACAACGGUUUGGGAGAGGGUGCAGAAAUUGUGGAUGUUAGCCCCUCCAUCACCACAAACAUCAUAGGUCAGAAGACAGAUGACCUGGGUGCGGAUAUGUGCGAACGCUCGUGUGAAGAACUUAGCAUCAUGUUCCAAGAGCUGAAAGGCCUGCGUGUUGUUGUCAGUAACCUUAUUGACGGUUUGCAAAAAGUGACAGAGGAGAACACUGUCAUGAAGGAGGCUCUUGGGAGAAUGAAGGACACUAAAGAGAAAAACAUGUGCUGGCAAGACGGCCGUCUGUUUGAGGACAAGGAAGAUUGGGUGGUGGACAGCUGCACUAAAUGUACCUGCCAGGAGUCCAAGAUUGUCUGCCACCAGAUAACAUGCCCACCAGUGGCCUGUGCCAGCCCCUCUUUAAUAGAUGGGGAAUGCUGCCCUGUGUGCAUGCCUAAAGACAGCGAGGACGGCUGGUCCCCCUGGUCAGAAUGGACACAGUGCACAGUCACCUGUGGCACAGGAACUCAACAGAGAGGUCGGUCAUGUGAUGCAACCAGCAACCCCUGUACUGGACCAUCUAUCCAGACUCGAAAGUGUAGCUUGGGAAAAUGUGACAGUCGUGUUCGCCAGGACGGAGGAUGGAGUUUGUGGUCGCCAUGGUCUGCUUGCUCAGUGACCUGCGGAGAAGGACAGAUCACCAGAAUACGGCACUGCAAUUCUCCUGUGCCACAGCUGGGGGGGAAAGACUGUGAAGGAAGCGGGAGAGAGACUCAGAGCUGCACUGCCCAACCCUGUCCGAUUGAUGGGGGUUGGGGGCCAUGGUCUCCAUGGGCAACUUGUUCUGCAACAUGUGGAGGAGGAAUCAAAAGUCGUUCACGCGAGUGCAACAGUCCUCAUCCUCAGUAUGGCGGCAAGAAGUGCAUUGGAGAGGCCACUGACAGUGACAUCUGCAACAAGGAUGACUGCCCCAUUGAUGGAUGCCUGUCUAAUCCUUGUUUUGGCGGGGUGGACUGUAACAGCUCUCCAGACGGCUCCUGGGAGUGUGGCCCCUGUCCCGUUGGUUUUCGGGGAAAUGGCACCCAUUGUGAUGACAUCAAUGAGUGUGACAUGGUGUCUGAUGUUUGUUACAAAGUGGGUGGAACGCAGCGCUGUGUCAAUACAGACCCGGGCUUCCACUGUCUGCCCUGUCCAAAGCGCUACAAAGGAACGCAGCCUUUUGGCAUGGGUGUUGAUGCAGCCAGAACAAACAAACAAAUAUGUGAGCCAGAGAACCCUUGUAAAGACAAGACCCACAGCUGUCACAAAUAUGCUGAAUGUAUAUACAUCAGCCAUUUCAGUGACCCAAUGUACAAAUGUGAGUGUCGCACUGGCUACGCUGGGGACGGAUUUAUUUGUGGAGAGGACUCAGACUUAGAUGGAUGGCCCAAUCAGAAUCUGGUCUGCAGUGCCAACAACACAUAUCACUGCAAGAAGGAUAACUGCCCUAACUUACCAAACUCUGGUCAAGAGGACUUUGACAGAGAUGGCCAAGGAGAUGCUUGUGACAAGGACGAUGACAAUGAUGGAAUUAUGGAUGAGCGAGACAAUUGCCCCCUCCUUUACAAUCCCCGCCAGUUUGACUUUGACAAGGAUGAAGUAGGUGACCGCUGUGACAACUGUCCCUAUGAACACAACCCUGCCCAAAUAGACACCGACCAUAAUGGUGAAGGGGAUGCCUGUGCUGUGGACAUCGAUGGAGAUGAAAUUCCAAAUGAGAGUGAUAACUGCCCCUAUGUAUACAACACUGACCAGAAGGAUACAGACAUGGAUGGCGUUGGUGACCAAUGUGACAACUGCCCAUUGCUUCAUAAUCCCGACCAGACUGAUGGGGAUAAUGACCUGGUUGGAGACCAGUGUGAUAAUAAUCAGGACAUUGAUGAAGAUGGUCAUCAGAACAAUUUAGACAACUGUCCCUAUGUGGCCAAUGCAAACCAAGCAGACCAUGACAAGGACGGGAAAGGAGAUGCAUGUGAUUAUGAUGAUGAUAAUGAUGGUAUACCUGAUGACAAGGACAACUGUAGACUAACACCUAAUGAAGACCAAGAGGAUGCUGAUGGUGAUGGAAGAGGGGAUGCGUGCAAAGACGACUUUGACAAUGACAGCAUUCCAGAUAUCCUCGAUGUGUGUCCAGAGAACAAUGCUAUUAGUAUUACAGACUUCAGAAAGUUCCAGAUGGUCCACUUGGAUCCAAAGGGAACAACUCAGAUUGAUCCCAACUGGAUGGUCAGACAUCAGGGCAAAGAGCUAGUUCAGACUGCAAACUCAGAUCCAGGAAUUGCAGUUGGUUUUGAUGAGUUCAGUGCCGUAGACUUCAGUGGAACCAUGUAUGUGAACACAGACAGAGACGAUGACUAUGCUGGCUUUGUGUUUGGCUAUCAAUCGAGCGGGCGCUUCUACGUUGUGAUGUGGAAGCAGAUCACACAGACUUACUGGGAGGACAAACCCUCCAAAGCCUUUGGCAUCUCAGGCGUGUCACUCAAAGUUGUCAACUCAACCACAGGAACUGGAGAAAACCUCAGGAAUGCAUUGUGGCACACAGGAAACACCCCCGGACAGGUACGCACUCUGUGGCAUGACCCCAAAAACAUUGGUUGGAAAGAUUACACAGCUUACAGAUGGCAUCUUAUUCAUAGACCCAAGACUGGUUUUAUAAGGGUUGUGGUAUAUGAAGGGAAACAGAUCAUGGCUGACUCAGGACCAGUUUAUGACAAGACAUUUGCCGGAGGAAGGUUAGGCCUGUUUGUCUUCUCACAAGAGUUGGUAUUCUUCUCCGACCUCAAGUAUGAGUGCCGAGAUAAACCGGACUUCCCAGCAGUGUUCACCAGAUAACUGAGUUUGAUGUCAUUCAGAAGAAGGACAAAAACAAGAAUCUUUCCAAGUAAAUCCCGUCAUCAAUGAAGCAGCUGGACAUGAAUGAGACUUUGCAUAAAGGCAUCUUUUGCCUUCAUCCACUGACAGGAAACAAAGUCAUUGCAGUUUCAGUUUUCCUUAAAGCUCCAGUACAAUAUUUCCAUUCGUGGAAAGAAACUGAACACAGUAAACAAGCUUAAAAAGCAUCAUAUCAAAAAAUAAACCAUAUACUUAUUCUACAUCUUUCUCUUUAUUGUGUGACCACUCGCUGGACAAUCACUUACAAGGGAAUCAAUUAUUUGUGAUUCCCUGCAUUUGCUUGCUCCCUUUGACCUGUAAGUGAGCACUGUCUGACUAAAUGUAAACAACCAACUAACUGAAACUAUAACCAUCACUGUUUCUCUUCAUUUCUCUUGAGCUGAAUGUGCUCUUUAACCGGAAACUAAGAGUGAUUGAUUUCAACCAUGCAGAGAUGUUUAUACUAAGUCUGUACUAUAUUUUCUUUUGUAAAUUAUUUAGGCUCAGCCUGUUUUGUUUGUUUGCAUUUGUGCUAGAUUGUAAAUAGAUUAUUUAUUUGUUUACACUGAUAUAUAGUUCAAUAUUACACCCAAGAUAGCAUUAUACAUUAUCUCAAGACUUUUCUUUGUGAGUUUCAGAGACUGUGUUUUAAAGUUGCUUAAAAAAGAUCACUUUUAUAACAUGGUGACAGAUUGUUAUCAUUCUGACUGUUGAGUUUUAAACAGGGCAUCUUUGCCACGAGAGUGUUUAUCUAUUUAUGUGAGUUCACUCAUCAAAAAGUUUUCUGCAGUGCCUCUUCCUCAGUGAAUCCAGUGUAGCCUAACACAUCACUUGUCUGCAUCUGAGAGUCUGAAGGUCAUUUAAGUUUUUGUCUUAAAGUCUUAGAAAAGUAGAAAUAUUGUAAAAACAUUUUAUCCAAAUAGUUUUCAGCUCAUAUGAUUUUUUUUUUUAGCAUGACUAAUGGAUAUUGUGAAACCUUGCAGUGUUGGCUGAAAUGAUAACAGAUAACGGUGUGACUGUACAGUGUUCUUUGGAACAUGAUAGUUUCUCGGUCUAUUGACAUCAGUCUGUGUAUUCUCAUUGUUCUGUUCUGCUUCCUUUCCAUCAUCAUUUACUUGAGAUUUGCAUUGCACAAAGUGUAAAUGUUUUCCAUUUUUAUGUUGUUAGAAAGGCAUUUUCUAUAGAAUUGGGUUGCUCUGUUUACAAAUAAACCAUUUUAAACCGUUUUUGAGCAUAUGAC